CUCAGGAUAGGCGCUAGAUGAAAGGUACAAUUGGUAGCUGUGUACCCCGGCCUUGACCUCAUUAAUCGUGCAUUUUUGUCGUUCGCGAACUUUUAAACCUCUUCGCGCUUUUCUUUUCUUAUACCUGUUUUGUUACUUCUUUUAUCCCACUUGCAUCGCGAAAGGUUUGUUUCCACAAAGAAGUAUCACGCGCGAAAGACACUACUAGCUUUCCUUCAAAUUAGUCAACAUGUCGGAUUCUGGCAAGCAAGACGAGAAGCCUACGGGCGAGCACGAGAUCGAUCAUGACCGCGAGCACGAUAAUGAACAUGAGCAAGGAACUGAGAUGUCAGGGGCUGAGGAGGAAGAAAUCACUGCCAUGAAGCGCCGCGUGGCAGAGAUGGAAGAGGAGGCCAAGAAGCUUCGCGAAAUGCAGGCAACUCUGGAGCAGCAAUCUGCGGACCUUGCGGAUGACAAGGAAUCCAUCGAUGCGCGCAGUAUCUUUGUUGGCAACGUCGAUUAUUCAGCCUCGCCUGAAGAUAUCCAGAGUCACUUCCAGAGCUGCGGCUCCAUCAACCGAGUGACCAUUCUUCUUGAUAAGUUCACGGGUCAACCGAAGGGCUACGCCUAUGUCGAGUUCACCGAGCCGAGCUUGGUCGCCCAGGCUCUUGUCCUCAACGAGAGUGUCUUCAAGGGCCGCAACAUCAAAGUGACCCCCAAGCGUACCAAUGUCCCUGGCAUGAGCCGUGGACGUGGUCGCGGUGGGUUCCGCGGUGGCCGAGGCUUUCAUGGCCGAGGCAACUUCCCUCGCGGUGGUGGUUAUCGCGGUGGCUACCGUGGUCGCGGACGAGGUUUCGCCCCCUACUAGGAGCAGGGAGGCACUUUGCCCAUGGGACAUGGUCGACGAUCUGAGCAACCUAGGCCUUUCGAGAUCGAAGUUGAGGAAUCUCACGGGCUUGAAAGCAACCCCUACUUGCAUGGAUAUGUUGGCCUGUGAUGGAACAGUUUCUGUCCAUUUCUUUCCUCGAUUUUAGGGUUGUGGUAAUAAGGAGAAGGGUGCUUUACUAGCAGAGAAGGAACAGUGUAAUACUAUCAAUUAUCCGGGAACAGGAAAACACACAGAUAGCCAAGAACACCAAGGGAAGGGAUAGGAGUUCCGGUCUUGACUUAUCUUUCGUCUUAGCAAAAUCACAGUAAUCCGUCAAUAACUAUUCCUAUCAUCAACUCAGUGCGAACUUUACCUGAAAUCUGCCUGAGCAAUCAUAUC